GUAUCAUUCAUUUCUAUCCUGCUUUUGAUUCGAAGUGUCGUAUUGCCCCUGUAGUAAUGGACAUGUCACCUCUUGCAUCGAAGUUCAGAACGAUUCUCUGUUCCCCAUAAACUGUUAGUAGCUUUUCUGCUUUCCAACGAUCCAAAAUCGAGGAAAUUUCAUGUCUUCUCUCUUCAGCGGUUCUGACAUUCACCGCUCUUCUUUCUGUCUCGAUUCUCUUCUCUUAUAGCAUCAUUGUGUACUGACACCGGAAGAUCUACCAUGUCUCAUCCUCACUAACUUUCUUUGUCGUUAAAAUUGCUCCGUUUCCUGCUUCCCAUCUGUCGAAAUUUCUUGUUUGACCCACUGAGUUAUUCAAGUUCAGUAAUAAGAGGGAAAUAAUGAUGACGAUGAUGGGUUUGAGCGUGCUGGGCAUGUUGGAUCUCGUGGUGGCUGGUUCCCUGAUGAUUGGUUUGGGAAUUUUUGCUUUCAUUGCUUCAAUUCUAUGCUCUGCUGCAUUCUUCCUCAAUUCCAAGGACCUAUCCUAAAUCCUUGCAUUAUUGGUAUACAGUAACACACUCAAUCUAAUAUCUGCAUGUGGUUGAUCAACGUGCUCAAUUUGGUCACAGGAAUUCCGCCCUUUCAUUAUCAGAAUGGAGCCAUGUUGUUGUUAACAUCAGAUUCUUUGAAAAAUUUAAGGAUGUAAUAUUGCUUCCUUUAGUAGCAAUGUAGUCUCUGUUCAACAUAUAUUAGUCAAUAAAGUUCACUGGUCAGAUUUUAUUUCUCUCCCUCUCUUGUAAGAUCAUUCACUAUGAAUAUCAAAUGAAUAUGUUCAGAAAUAUAUAUUUUGAUGUAGAA